CAAUUGAACACAGAUUUUAAGUGAAAAUUUUCUUCAAAAUUAAAGAUGUGCAUGUACUGUACAUAUUUAUUAAGUUUGUCUAAAGAUUUUUUUUAAACAACACAGGGGAAAUUGAUUAACAAAGUGUGCUUGCAUGUGUAUAAAUCAUGUGCGUGGACCUGGUUAUUGUCGUACUGUUAUUAAGUACUUCCUGCAUUCUUUCACAAUGUUUUAUAGUUGGUAAAUUGAUACAAUGGGGAAUGUUAUUGGAUUUAGUGAUUUCAUGUCCUGUCCUUGGUCUAAUAUAUAAUAGAUAAAACAAACUGUGAUUACAUAAUUCACAAUUUCCAUGCAUAUAUAUCAGGAGAUUAUGUGGAACAGAUACGUACAGUAUGGUACAUGUACAUGUACAGACACUUAGAGUGUCACAUCCUAUUUUAACCUGUCUACAGGUACCGGUAUACUGUACAUGUAGAUUAGCUGUAUUUACACUUGGAAGUUAUUUGGGGAAUGCCAGUUUUGAUUUGGAGCACAUCAAGGGGGCGUAGCAGUGAGUGGAGGGGUGCUUGGAGGGGUGCUUGGAGGGGUUCUCUGCCAUCAUGUUUUUCAUCACAAGGCCAUUGCGAAAGAUCACAUGGUUUUUACCCUUCUAUGGCAGGAGACAAGCACUGACAUUGAGCCAUCUGCUGUUCUACAGCACCCUGAUAGGAGCUGCGCUGCUUCUUUACACAUGGCCAGAGCAAGCAUUAGACACUCUGAGGAAGACCAACAUCAGAGAGUUUGGUUGCACUGAUAGCCAUGGGUGCACGCAGAGGGGUGGGGAUUAUCGGGAACCAGCCCCGCCCCUUCCCAGGAUAACAGCAGCAGUGAGUGUCAAUGCCACUACCAAGACUCCUCUAAUGGAGGAGAAGGUGAAACGACUGGAACCUAAGAAUUGGAAUGGCCAGGGAUACAUGCCUGUAUCUGGUGAUAAGAAGCCCCUUCGUCAUUGCAAGCAGUGUGCCCUCGUCACCAGCUCCGGGCAUCUGAGUGGUAAAGGGAUGGGCAAAACAAUAGACAGUUCAGAGUGCAUUAUACGAAUGAACGCAGCACCAACGCUAAAUUACACAAAAGAUGUAGGAAGUAGGACUACAUUCCGUGUCAUUGGACACAGAAACUUUCCCCGUAUGUUUGACACAGAGGCCGAGAGAAGACUCUAUUUUGUGAACACAACGACAAAGUCGGAAGCAAUCGUAGUACUUUGGCUGUACAGUGUGAAUGUGAACAGGAAUUUGGAGCUGAUUUUGUCGAGGAAGUUUGCUCAGAAGUACAAGGAUGUCUCGUUUUUUCUCACUAAACAAGAGAUCAUGAACAGGAAUGUGGAGCUGUUUUAUCAAGAAUUGGGAACAUCAAAAAGUAAAGGUCGUUUGUGGAUGUCUACUGGAUGGGUAGCUAUGCUGUUUGCACUGGAAGUUUGUGACUCUGUAGACGUCUAUGGGAUGAUCUAUGAUGAUUAUUGCAAAGAGCAUCCCAACGACCAAACCUACUAUCACUACUUUGAUAAACUUCAGACGGAGUGCAAGUACUACGAGAAGAGCGAGAGGCGACUGACGUCUGGCCACAAGUUCAUGACGGAGAAGGUGGCCUUUGGCCGAUGGGCGUCCAUGUAUGACAUCCGCUUCCACACACCGACGUGGGAGAACCACAAGUACAAUCCCAAGGUCCAGAAAGAGACCGUCUUCCAGAAGGCUUAUAUGCAGUACAAAGAAAGGAUGAAUAACAGAUCAAAUGAAGAUAAAGUGAAUAGUUCUCUGGUGGUGCGUAAACCUGAGAACAACCAGAGAACUAAGACCAAAGAGGAGGUGAACAAUGUACCCCUAGAUACCAAGGGUGUCAGGACAGGUGGUGAGAAACAAGGUGCAGAGGAGGGCGUGGCGAUAUCAGAUCAUAAAGGUGCUUUAGAAGAUGGUAUUAAAGAUGUUAAAGAAGAGGGGGUAGUGGUGGAGGAGGAGGAGGAGGAGGAGGGAGCUGAAGGAGAAGAGAGGGUGAGAGAACUUGAUGCUGAUUUGAUAGAGGAGCAUGUUCCUGAGGACCCUGCCGCAUAGGAUUCUGUCUGUCUGCUAGUUUAACAUCCCUCUGCAUUGGACAUCCUGCAGUUAUAUGCACAAUGACCUUCUGAUCGAACCACCCCUUUUUAUCAAUGCUGCAACAACCUGGUGCCAUACUGAUCGUCUAAUAUUACAAACAUCCUGGUGUUAGGGAUUAUUUAUGAAUGGGUAGAAAGCUGAAAACAAAUAAUGGAGAUACACAUUUAGCAGUUAAAAUAACAAUCAGAUUAUAAAUUGAACCUCACCUGUCAUGGAUACAAAUAGGUCUUUAAUGUGCAUUUCCUUAAAAGAUUAUUGAGUUUUCUCAGCACAGUAUUUAAAGGGAUUCAUUCUUUGAGUAGAAGUACCAGGUAAUGAAAAUCCCUCCAUUCGUAGCCAUGCAGUUUUCAAUAUUUAAGCCAAGUCAAUUUUGGUUCAAACUUCAGUUUAACUUCUAUAGAAUGAUACUGAAAUUGUGUAACUACAAUAAGAAUAAGAUUACUCCAAGAUUGGGGGAAAUGGAAGGAUCUAUCCUUUUGUUUAGUGUAUGGAUGUGCUUUUUACAUGCAUAUAAACUUUUGGGGCUGGCCAUAUACGUCAUUGAAGUAACUAUAUAUAUAGCGAUAUACAUUUUGCUAUUGUACUAAAGGUAUAUAUUUAUACAUGUAUGUUUAUCUACUUGAGUUUCUAACCUAAUGCAAUCACAGAGGAAUUCAAGUGUUUCCGAUACACACAAUUUAUUGCAUAGGAAAUCUUCCUGAAGUUGGAAGGCACCUCUCCUUAUCAGUUAAGUGUGCUGUAUGAAACUUGUGUCAUAUGACCAAUUUUCUUUAUUUAUUUAGUAUCAGAAGAACAAAUGGGGCUUUCCUAAUUGAUUGUUUAGUAUUAAGAUGAAAAAGAGAAACCAAAGCUGUGAGUAGGGCUUAUCACACAGUCCUGUACUCAGUUGAAGUUCAAACACCAUUAAUUGCUUGUGUCAAUAUGAUUUAGCUUCAUGACAAUGUGUAGAGGUUUUGAUAAGAGCCUAAGAGCUUCAGGUGUGCUGCUAUGGUUGAAUGUAUUUUGUCAGACACUAUCCUAUUGUCUUACAGAUUAACAAUGAAUAGCCAUUUGAUUCCCUUCAUACUGAUGAUAUGUAAUCAUGAACAAACAAAAAACAAACCAAAACAAACCAAACAAAAGAAUACCAAAAAUAGAAGAGAGAGAGAGGGAGAGAAGGCAUGUAAUUCUUGGAUAUUAUUUAUUUUGUAGUGUCCAAACAUUACAUAGGUGCUCACAAACACAUUGAGUAUUUAAGUAAAAUGUAUGUACACAUCAAAAGAUACAUGCAUGCAAUGACCAUUUAAUAUCUUUAUUACUUGAAUCUGGUGCUGGAGAGGAAAAAUUACAAAUAUUCACAAUCUUCAUCUCUGUGCAUGUUUACAUACAUGUACCGCAGACUUGCUGAUGAGCAUUUAGUUAUUUUUCUUGACUAUUUCUCAUAUAAUUUAUUACAUUUGGAAAAAGGAUGUAAUGCUCUGGCAGUCAUCACUAAGCAGCCAAUUUGUAUUAAAUACGAGCUGAAUUGCUUAAACAUUAAUCUGGAUUUACC